GGUGCUACACCUAAAGGAGAUGCCUCAUUUUGCUAGCAGGUCACAUUGAAUGCUGUUGAAGCAACCAAUACGUAACAGACCCUGAAUUAGAUAUGAAGACUGGUGUAAGGACAGGAAACCACCAUGGAGAAGUUUGCCGUUGACCUUGAUAAAGUGUUGGAUGACUUCGAGUUAGAUGAAGAUGAAAGUGUUUCUGUUGGCCAGUAUGAUAAACUUCAACUUGAAUUUCAACCUGAUGGAGGUGGUGCUUUACCCCUAGCAUCCACACGUCACAAUGUAGGACUAGGGGCAUUUGGUGGCUGGAGUGAGCCGCUACAGCCACAGGCAGCAGGUCCCAGACCUGGGGAGCAGCCUUGGUGUGGGGCUGUAAUGGGUGGUAUAUCGCAGCCACCUGGAACACGGAGCCCACCUGAUGGUCAAAAUGAUGACAGCCAGCAGGCUGUUGCAUGUUCCAGCCCGCAGUCAACUCUGCCAUUUCACCAAAAGCUUCAGUUUCAACCACAGCAGCUAAUACAUCAGCCUCACAUUAGAAAUGUGCCAGCUGCUGGUGUUAGGUCUGAAGGCCUCUCAGCAAACCAGCCAUCAGGAGCUGGUGAAGUCCUGUGGCCUGCAAUGGCUGUUUCUGCAGCAGACAUACCUCCAAACUUACCUCCUCCAGAACAACCAGAGGCUGCACCAUUAGAAGAUUCCAGUAUUAAGCAACCAGUUGAGGAUGCAAACAGUGCUGGCUCAGAAACGCAAAAAGUGCCACAGGAAAACCUUAUGGCCCUGAGGAAUAUGAUGGCAAUGUUAGAGUUGGAGACCUAGUUUCUGAAGAGCCUGGAAGUUUAGAAGAAAAAGAGUUAGUGUGUGGAGGACUUGAUGUUAUUGCUUCUAGGCCUCUGGAUGUAGUACCAGCAAGUGUUCCACCAGACAGAGGUCUAGCAAGUGGACAUGAAACAAGACAUCCCGAUAUCAUUGAUGUGGGGCAGAGUGG